AGUACGACUGAAGCCGUGUUUUGCCGCAACGUGGAGUUGUUUACCACUUUACUGAGUACUCUCCGGUUAAACUACACAUGUAACCCAUAGUAAACCCCUUAGCAAACACCCGUCCGUGUACAUUUGGAUUCUGUGGUGCAGAAGAAGAAAUGGGGAAGCCAAAGAAAAGGAGCGACAUCAGUCGAGCUGAGCUGAUGAUGAUGACCAUUGCGGAUGUCAUCAAGCAGCUGGUUGAAGCCCACGAAGAGGGGAAGGACAUCAAUCUUAACAAAGUGAAGACAAAGACCUCAGCUAAAUACGGCCUUGAAGCCCAGCCUCGCCUGGUAGACAUCAUUGCUGCCGUUCCACCGCAGUAUCGCCGCGCUCUGUUACCAAAACUCAAGGCCAAGCCCAUCCGCACUGCCAGUGGGAUUGCGGUUGUAGCUGUGAUGUGUAAGCCACACCGAUGUCCUCACAUCAGCUUCACGGGCAACAUCUGUGUCUACUGUCCUGGUGGACCGGACUCUGACUUUGAGUACUCCACACAGUCUUACACUGGCUACGAGCCAACUUCCAUGAGAGCCAUUCGAGCUCGCUAUGACCCCUUCCUCCAGACCAGGCAUCGAGUGGAGCAGCUGAAGCAGCUGGGCCACAGUGUGGACAAGGUGGAGUUCAUCGUGAUGGGAGGGACCUUCAUGGCUCUGCCAGAGGAGUACAGAGACUACUUCAUCAGGAACCUCCACGACGCCCUGUCAGGACACACCUCCAACAAUGUGGCCGAGGCCGUCAGGUACUCGGAGCGCAGCAACACAAAGUGCGUGGGCAUCACUAUAGAGACGCGGCCCGACUACUGCCUGAAGCGACACCUUAGCGACAUGCUGGGCUACGGCUGCACCCGGCUGGAGAUAGGGGUCCAGAGUGUUUAUGAGGACGUGGCUCGGGACACCAACAGAGGCCACACGGUGCGAGCUGUGUGCGAGUCCUUCCACCUGGCAAAGGACGCCGGCUUCAAGGUGGUCGCCCACAUGAUGCCAGAUCUGCCCAACGUGGGCAUGGAGAGGGAUGUGGAGCAGUUCAUUGAGUUUUUUGAGAACCCGGCAUUCAGGCCUGACGGAUUAAAGCUGUACCCCACGCUGGUGAUCCGAGGCACGGGUCUGUACGAGCUGUGGAAGACGGGCCGGUACAAGAGCUACACACCGAGUGCUCUGGUGGACCUGGUGGCUCGAAUCCUGGCUCUGGUGCCGCCGUGGACUCGAGUUUACCGCGUGCAGAGGGACAUCCCCAUGCCGCUGGUGAGCUCCGGAGUGGAGCACGGCAACCUGAGAGAGCUGGCACUGGCCAGGAUGAAGGACAUGGGCACUGAGUGUCGAGACGUGAGAACCAGAGAAGUGGGCAUUCAGGAGAUCCACCACAAAGUCAGGCCUUACCAGGUGGAGCUUGUGAGGAGGGACUACGUCGCCAACGGCGGCUGGGAGACCUUCCUGUCCUACGAGGACCCGGAGCAGGACAUCCUGAUCGGCCUGCUGCGGCUGCGGCGCUGCUCUCCGCAGUCCUUCCGUCCUGAGCUCAAAGGAGGCGUGUCGAUCGUCCGCGAGCUGCAUGUGUACGGCAGCGUGGUCCCCGUGAGCAGCCGAGACCCCAGCAAGUUCCAGCACCAGGGCUUUGGUAUGAUGCUGAUGGAGGAGGCAGAGAGGAUAGCCAGAGAGGAACACGGCUCUGGUAAACUGGCAGUCAUCUCCGGAGUUGGAACGAGGAACUACUACAGGAAGAUGGGCUACGAGCUGGAGGGGCCGUACAUGGUGAAGGACCUGUAUGGUCCUGGAACGGACUGAACCUGACCAUGAUUGUUAUCAGGAAGCUGCGCGCAAUAUUUUAUUUAUCAAAAGUUCCGUGUUAUAUGGAAUGAAUAUUUUUUUCCAGUAUCGGGGGAGAAAAUGGUCAGGUUGUUCUCGACGCUUAUCUAAAACCCACUGCUGAAUUCCUUCCGUUUUAUUUAGAUAAGGAGACGUGCGAGAAGCCCUAAGGAAUACAUUUAUUCCGAAUAAAGUUGGCCUGAUACUAGGUACAGUCUCACCAAAGACAUUUCAAAUUGUACAUCACCGCCCGCUCCUUCUCCCACACUCAGUAACUACUGCUGACUACCGCUGCCUUCCCAGUAAAGUCACUUUCUAGCAAGCAGAGGCGUUUUCAUGCGGCUGCUGGAGAUGAAUCUGGACUUGGAGGUAACCCUUAAAUAACUCUUGUGUUCGUCUGGGACAAGAUCCCUGCUCGGCAUCACGGUUUGAGUUAAUCGUGUUUGUGUUGCAAUUAAACAGAGGAGCAUUCAUUAAUAGUUGGCAGUGGAUGAAUGAACAGUGGGAGGUGUCCUCACUGGGCAGUCGUUGUGUAAUUGUUCUGAUUUACUGGGCAGGAAAUUGAGUGUUACAUAAAUUUCAUUUUAAAGCCAUUCAGUUAAUCCCAUUUUUUCUCCCUUUUUUUGUGUCAUGAAUUCUCCAUUCUUCAUGUAUGGUAAAUCCAGAUCUUUUUCUUAAAGAAUAAAGUAUAUUUCCGUUA